AUGGCUGAACUUGGAUUUAGCUUCGGUGUAGUCGUUCUCGCCACAGUGGAGCUCGAGUGCGGAAGGGGAGUGGCUCAAAUCAGCACGUGGUUAGGUUUCGUGGUAGAUCCCGUGGGCCCCACGGUCCAGAUGGCCCGAGACAAGCAGCUCCUGGUCAUGAAGCUGCUGGGUGACCUCGUCAGCGGCAAGGUCUUCAUGCACAAGGAGAUUGCCGAGGGACUUGGAAGACUCCAUGGGCAACAACCUGCUCUCUGUCGAAUUGCCACCUCCACACUUUCGCUCGAGGGCAGGAAAGUGCAUGUGCUCAGGGUUUCCUUUCCGCCUUAA